AUGCAUCACUUUGAGGAAGAAUUAACGUGUUCCAUUUGCUACAGCAUCUUCGAAGAUCCGCGCGUUCUGCCCUGUUCCCAUACGUUUUGUCGGAACUGCCUGGAAAGCGUCAUUCAGCUCUCGAGCACCUUUUCCGUUUGGAGACCCCUGAGAGUUCCUCUCAAGUGUCCCAACUGUAGGACGCUCGUUGAAAUCCCUGCUGCCGGUACCGAGUCACUGCCCAUCAACUUUGCCUUGAAAGCUAUUAUUGAAAAAUACCAGCAGGAAAAUCACUCCGACGUUGCAACCUGCAGCGAACACUACAGGCAACCGCUGAACGUUUACUGUCUUUUGGAUAAAAAACUGGUGUGUGGCCAUUGCCUUACGAUAGGGAAACACAACGGACACCCAAUAGAUGACCUUCAAAGUGCCUACGUAAAAGAAAAAGCCAAUUCUGGGAAACUUCUCGAGCAGCUCACCGAUAAACACUGGACGGAUGUGUGUUUGUGUAUUGAAAAGCUGAAAGAACAGAAGUCCCAGUGUGAAAGCCUGGUUCAGGAUGAUAAAAAAGUAGUGGUGCAGUAUUUUAAGAAACUUAGCAGUGUCUUGGAGCACAAAAAGCAAGCUCUGCUCACCGCCCUGGAUGAGAUUAACACACGCAUUUUGGAAGAAUAUGAGCCUCUCAUUGAGAAGUUGAAAAAAAUAAGGGAAGAGCAGCUUGAAUUAAUGUCACUGAAUACAUCUAUUCAAAAAGAAGAGUCCCCACUUGUUUUUCUUGAGAAGGUGGAUGAUAUGCAUCAACGUAUCAAAGCUUUGAAAGAGCAGCAGCUACCGGACGUUAAAGCUGUGGAGAUCCAGCCGAGGAUUGGACACCUGUUGAGAGAUGUGUGGUCUAAAAUUGAAGUUGGGCAGAUCAACAAGGUCCUCAUUCCAAAAAUAAAACUGAUCCCGAGAAGGAAGUUAAGCAGCCCAGGCAGCGCAAAGGAGAAAAGAGAAUACAAAGAACUCCUCCAGGCUGUAAAUCCGUUAGCGGCCCUGCUGCUCGUUACAGUAGUCGCGCUAACCGCCUUUUCCUUUCACAAACCGGUGUCAGCAGUUGUAAUCGAAGCUACUCCUGCUUGUAUCUCCGAAUUCUUCCUGCUUAUUUAUCAAGAUUUACGCAGCCAUUUGCAGAAUAUAGCGGAUGUGCUCUGCCAUACCUCUAAUUCAGUGAUGGAGUUUUUAGGAAGAAUUGUUUCUCUUUGA